AUGGAUCUUAGUGAAGAAGCGAAGUUAAUCAGUUUUUGUGAGAAAUUGGCUUCGCCAUUGGCUGAUUUCUGUAAAAGGCACGAAACAAAGACGGCAUACAUACCUUCGAUUUGUUGUUUUGUAAAAAGCUUUCUGAUGGCAUUUAAUCAGUCAAUUUUACCACUGACCGUUGCUUGGAAUGGAAAACGGUUUGCUGAGUCGAAAUCUGCUCGUAUGGCGGCUCGUCGAAGUAUUUUCCGAGCGUCAACAAUUAUGCUAAAUACUGAGUGGAAAAUUCUUGAAAGUCAAAAUAAUGAAAUCUGCCGUGAAAUUAAUCGAUGUCGCGCCGAUUUACAAAAAUAUGAUGAUAAGUUACAAGUACUGGAUAAUAUGACACAUUUAGCAACUCAAUCAUUAGAAGUUUACUUUCAAGCACGUAUGGAAAAUCUACGUACAUUUGUUACUGAACAAUGUCGCAUCAUAUCUGAUGGUAUACAAGAAGAAGCUGACCAUUGGAAAGAGAUUCAUGCUAUGCUACAACAGAAAUUGGUCGUACCAGGCGACUUACGUUCAUAUGGUGGUGGUAAUGGAUUACCACGAGCUGUCAAACAGAGCCCCAAUUUUAGUCGAAUUGCUGAAGAGGAUGAAGAGGAAGAUCAAGAAGAGAACGAGGACGAGACAACAGACAUGGACAAGACGAAGAAUAGAACUACUUUACGAAAAUCGCGAACGUUCACACCAUUGAUCACUCAAUCAUUAAAAAAAGCUCGUUUGCUCGCGUCUAAAUUAUCUCAGGAUACAUCCAUGAUUCUUCCACCUCAGCUGAGUGUAUCAACUGCUGUUCACGAAGAAACAAUCAACGAAGAACCACCACCAGCAUCUGCCAUGAUUCCUGAAGCUCAUGUAACAUUACCCGAUGUAUCUGUUAUCGAAAAAGCCGCUGAAAUGAAUCAUGAAAUUCCCAAUUCAGAGCUAUCUGUUUCCCUUUUACCAUGUUUACCGACAGCAAUUCUCGACGAAGAGAAUGGCUCAGAGGAUGAAGAGAAACCCUAUAGCAACAAAUCGAUUGCAUCUACAAUAUCGGACAAAACAUUUGUGAAAACUUCUCUUAAACCAUUUUCGUCGGAUGAAGAAAGCGACGAUGAAGACGACGAAGACACUAUUAUCGAAAGCAGUCUCAUUGCUGACAAUACGGAAAAUGCACGUCCUUUGCUGUUAACUGCAGAUCGAUCGAUCCGUAGACCAGCACAUCCUCCAUCGUUGCCACCGGUACGUGAAGAAGAUCACGGCUUAAUACAUCCACCAAUAAUCAAACAGGAAAAAGUCAGCUUCCGCGAGCCAUUGCCUGUCGAUCCGAAUGUUUCCAAUCGAACAUUGUUGUUGAAUAAAACUACAUUCGACGCAGAAGAAUCUGAUUUCAUUCGUCCGACUAUUGACGAGAACUGCAAUAUUUCGAAAUUGCCAACCAUACCGUCUGCCGAUUCAAAUGAAGUAGAAAACGAAAAAGACGAUACGGUACAAGAACCACAAGGAAAACUGGCGGAUGUUGAAAUUCCAAUAACUGAAGCAAAAACAUGUGCAAGUCCAGUACUCGAACCGAUGCCCGCUUCAGUACCACCUGUUGAAAACAAUACCAAACGAAGAACAACUCGAAGAACUACGACUCGUCUCUUACGAGAAAAUCAAAAUGAUAAUCUACCGGCUCAGGCACCUGCUGAACUGCCUAAAACACGCUAUGCUACACGUUAUUCGACACGAUUGGCAUCAUCGGCCAGCAACGAAGAAGUGAUAAUAACACGAAGAUCGACCAUGCAUCGUCGAACAACACGUUUUACUUCGGAAUAA